AUGGAAGGCGCGAUCCACUCUCCUCGCCCCAUCAUCGGCGUCCACUAUCCAUCGAAGAGUCUCGCCUUCCCAGUCCCCCUUCCCCACAGAUGGCCGGCGAACCCAUCGCCACCGUGCCAUCGGGGCCUGAAUCCGUGGCCGAGGCCGACCGUCUCCUGGCGCUGGCCGAGUCGGAGCUCUCCACGGGCAGGCACGCCCUUCGCGCGCAGGUACGCCCUCCGCGCCACCCGCCUGUACCUGACCUCCCCGCGCGCCCCAGUGGUGGCCACCGCCGCCAACGUGCUCCUCGCCGACGCCUCCUCCCACCACGCCGCGCUGCUGCUGCCCGAGCCCGACGACCCCGACGCCUCGCCGCUCUCCGUCUCCGAGCUCUGCCGCCACUUCAAGUCGCUCAUCAAGUCCCUCCGCGUCGGCCUCGACGCCACCACCGCAGCCGCCUACCCCUCCGUUGCUGCCGCCGCCGAGGAGGCACUCGACCGCGCCACCAAGGCCUACGAGGCGCUCACCGCUCCUGCCCCUGCUCUGGAAAUUGCUGAUCAAUUAAUUAUGGGGGGAAGCGUCUCUACUUCCUUCUCGGUUGGUCAAGGUAUCCCCUUCCUGUGUCCUCUCUCCUCUGUGUAG